CCCCUCCCCUAAAGUGGGAGCUGAAAGGGAACGUCAUUUGCCUCGUACAUUUUUAGCUUUAGCCUAAAAUUAGCCUGGCCUCAAAAUCACAACUGUAUUCUUCCCAAUAGGGACGUUCCUGCUCUUAAGCCCCAGUCUCAGUCAGAGUCAACAAUUCGGCUUCUCUGUCUUUACAACAGGAAACAUGUACAUAAAGGCGUUAUUCCGAUGCAGGGACAUGCUAAAAGGAGAACUCUUCGUGUGAAAUGCAGGGGCCGAAAACCAAAAGUGGCUAACAGCACCGAGGGUUAACUCAUCAGCAGCAAGCCUGUGGGCUUUCUCACAUCUGCCGUAGGAGCAAGAAGGUGGGCAGACUGAACCAGGUUCUUUCCUACCACGAAGCAGGGAGUCUCUCUGUCUAAGGCAGAGGCAUGGGGGCGUUUCUGGACAAACCCAAAACAGAGAAGCACAACUGUCAUGGUGAGGGGAAUGGACUACGCUAUGGGUUGAGCUCCAUGCAGGGCUGGCGGGUGGAGAUGGAGGACGCUCAUACAGCUGUGCUGGGACUUCAGACUCCCGGCAUGACUGACUGGUCUUUUUUCGCUGUGUACGACGGCCAUGCUGGAUCCAGGGUUGCCAACUACUGCUCUAAGCACCUACUUGAACACAUCAUUAGUGAAAGCGUAGGUGCUAGGGGUAUACAAGUUUUGCAAGCUCUAGCAGACAGUUCCAGCCUUGACUCUCAAGCUCUUCCUCCUCCUGCUGUAGAGGCUGUAAAAGCAGGGAUCCGCACAGGUUUCCUAAAGAUCGACGAGCACAUGCGCAGCUUCUCUGACCUUCGAAAUGGUAUGGAUCGCAGUGGCUCAACAGCUGUGGGAAUUCUCCUGUCACCACACCAUUUCUUCUUCAUCAACUGUGGGGAUUCUCGAGCCGUUCUGUACCGCAAUUCACAGGUGUGCUUCUCCACGCUCGACCACAAGCCUUGCAACCCACGUGAGAGGGAGCGCAUCCAGAACGCUGGAGGCUCAGUGAUGAUUCAGAGAGUUAAUGGGUCCUUGGCAGUCUCGAGAGCCUUGGGGGACUAUGAUUACAAGUGUGUGGAUGGCAAGGGCCCCACGGAGCAGCUGGUUAGCCCCGAACCGGAAGUAUAUGUGAUGGUUCGGGCACCAGAACAAGAUCAGUUUAUUAUCCUGGCUUGUGAUGGCAUCUGGGAUGUGAUGUCCAACGAGGAAUUGUGUGAAUUUGUGAAAUCUAGACUAGAGGUGUGUGACGACCUGGAGAGAGUCUGUAACGAAGUGGUGGAUACCUGCCUGCACAAGGGAAGUCGAGAUAACAUGAGUAUUGUUUUAGUGUGUUUGCCCAAUGGUCCCAAAGUAUCCGAGGAAGCUAUGAGGAGAGAAGCUGAGGUCAACAAAUAUCUGGAGGCUCGAGUGGAAGAAAUGCUGUCUCGACCCGGAGAAGAGGGUUUUCCGGAUCUGGUAACGGUGAUGAGGAACCUGGCUUCCGACAGUGCGAUGCCCCCUCUGCCACCUGGGGGUGGACUUGCUAGCAAACGCAGUGUUAUCGAAGCAGUAUAUAACCGUCUGAAUCCAUACAAGGAGGAAGAUGGACCCUCCUGUUUCAUUUGAAUGGAGCAGAUUUGGAGUGCCACUGGUAGCUGUCCACCACAACCGCCUGAUCCAAAAAACAAAAACAAAAAAACCCCCACAGGACCACUAUUCCACAUAAGAUUGCAUCCCAACUCAUCUUUUUAUUUUCACCUGAGAGAAAAGUUAAUCCACAACCAACGUGGAGGACUGGAAGAACAGAUUAGGAUGCUUCUUUUAAUUAGCAGACUGCACUACAAACCUACAUAUACAAUACAAAAUCUACUAGAAAGACAAGUAAGCACAGUUUGUCUUUUUUUUUCUUUCGUUGGUUGUAUUUGUUGUGGAUUGAAAGAAGACACAGGAGCAGCUCGGCUCUGCUCUGACAGCUUUGGGACUUUAUGGUGCCUUGCAGAGACCUGAGAGAAGAAUGGAGGACCUCACACCUCAACAGCCAGCUAGCCAUUACUGAAAACCAACUGCUCACAUGUUUGUAUGAGACUGAAGAUGCUUCAGUGGUUUGUGGCAUUAUUUGCUUUGAAGUGUUAUCUUUUCAUGAACCGACCACACAGCUCUGCAACAAUAAGCUACACUGUCCAGUUGAGGUGCAGGAGUUUUCUGCUUUGACUCCAGAAUGAGAUCUUCUGGAUUUAAAGCUUGUCAAAUCCGCACCGUCUAAAGACUUCUGAGUUAAAUCCUUAAAACGGGUCCUGAAAGCCAAGCACCUUAGGCUCCACACAAAAACACAGGAGUCUAUGUGCUGUCUGUGAUUUCAGUUCUGUCUCCUAAAACAGGCUGGUUUUCUUCUCCACAGAAGAACUCAAGUAUGACUCUUCUUGCACGUCUCUGCUCACUGUCUCUACUCUCGCUUAAGGAUGCAACAGUUUAUCCUUUUCCCUUUCUGCUACUUCUCAUUUUGCUUCCUGUUCUCUCCAGUAAACAGUCUGCAGUGAAUUGGUAGACCUUGCCUGAAUCAUAAGCUUUAGAGCCUGCUCUUCCUUAAAAGAAUUAGAGAUAGAUAUUAUACAUUAAAUUCAUAUAUAUAUAUAUAUAGAGAGAGAGAGAGAUAUUUAGAUUUUUGUUCCUCGGUUAUAUUCCCUGCCAUGGUAUUCAUUGUGGCCUAAUAUGUUUUUGGUUGCUGUGUUAAUUUCUCUGUGUUUAUAAGCUUAAAUAUAUAAAUGAAAGAACAAAACCGUAAAAUUAGACGUGCACACAUACUGCUCCAACACAGCAGCCUUCCAACAAAAGGGUUCGGGGGUGAAGAAAUUCCAGUCUCACCUUCCUCCUCUUCCCCUUUUAUCCUCAACAAACACACACACACACACACACAAUCCUGCUCGUGCUACAACUUGCCUUUUUCUCCAUCUCUCAAAUAACUUUGCUGGAGAAACUUUUUUUUUUUUUUUACUUUUUAUUUUAGGUUGUUUUUUAAGGUUUAAAGUUGUGAUCCUGUUACACACGGAUCAACAAAACCUACAUGGGAGCAUAAAACAUGUUGGGAGAAAGAGUUUCCUGGUGUUUGGUGAUUACAGUAAAGGCGCCUGUGGACUGGAUACUUGGACUUAGGAUCAUCUUGUCCUUAUUUUUUAAUAAAGCUAACUUUAUAGGCUUGGGUUGUGUUCCAGAACCAAACCAAAAUCAGCAUACAGCAAAUUGGUUUUAGUUUUUUCUUUAAACAAAUCUGAGUUACUUUUUCCAAACUCAUGUAAAAGUUUGCUGCAAAAGUAAACGAAUACACUUCUCCAGCAAUUCAAAAGCAAUUUGAAUGUUCUUUUUGCUGCAGCAGUAUUAAGAAGCGACUGGCUGGUUAAUGCAAUUGUGGUACUCUUUACCCUCGGUGCCAUAUGACACAUAGGUACUUGAAUGCGUAGUUCUUUUGCAGUAAUUUUAAUGUAAUGAUUACUUUGUUUGUGGUGGAGUGGGAGGGAUUUACCACAGUGUCUGUUUUGUACCUGAGUGGGGAGUGUUUUAUUCUGGUGAGAUGCACCGGACGAGGAGGGGAUAAUGUGGGCAUGUUCACUGUGGGGGAACACAAUGUUGAACAGGAAAUGGGUGAAAGGUUGUAAAAGAAGAAUAACGCUGGUGAUUUUUAGCAGCCUAAUUUAAUUUUUUAUCAAACCAAAUCUGGAUUGUAUUUGUAACUAAUGUAGUGAUUGUUUCUAAUUCUUUGGCACUGUAGACUCCAGGUAACUUCCUAACCACUUUUCCCAAGUUUUUAACAUUGUGCAAACUCCAGUUAAGGUUCCUACUUCAGCUGUAUCAGACACUGGGCUUGGAGGAAUUAAAAAGCUGGAAGGAGGGAGAGAUGUUUUCCUGAAUGUAAUUCUUCAUUACUCACCGUUUCCACUGCUUGGACUGCAGCUUCAUUGUCCUUGAUGACUAAAACAAGCUCGCUUUGUUCCCUUUCUCUUGGAAAGUGUUUAGUCGUUCUAGUUGUUGAUGGUAUCAGGACUCACAUGGUAGACCGCACACAUGAAACAUUUUGGGAUGUUAAGUGAUGUCUGAAUAUUUUUGACGGGUUUGUUGCCAUUUGUGUAAAGAGGGUCAAACAAAGCAUACUGGGCCAUGAUUCUAGGAGAUCUUGGUUAAUCUGAGGAUGCUAAAGGGAUUCAGGAAUGUGGAGACGACAGCAUAAGAGUAAACAAUUACUCAUAUGAGGCCAUGUGUUCAUUUGUAAUUGGUAUGAUUCCAAUAGUAAAUUUCAGAUCCCUCUUUUUUAAAUUUAUUCCAGGUUUUUCAGUUCACAUUAUGCUUUUAUCUCAAAGGCCGAUUAAAGAAACUUUGACCUUUUGAGAUGAUUAUAGAAGACCCAGUUUGAGUUUUUGCCAUUCCCUUUUCCUGUACUGAUUUAUGCUGUUAAGUUUAUAGACCGUACAGUGAACAUAACACCAAUAAAAGAUGGAUUUAUGUUAAAA